AUGGCGCCGCCGACCGAGGACUGCGGCUGGCUGCUGUACCUCUCCCUGGCCGCCAAAUGCGGCGACCCUCACCGCCUGCUCGGCUUCGUGGCGGUCUUCGUCGUGGCCUGCGUUGUCACGUCGCUCCUGCACUGGGCGUCCCCGGGCGGCCCCGCCUGGGGGUGGUACUGGUGGACGCGGCGGGCCGGCGGCCUGGGCAUCGUCCGCGCCGCCGCCAUACCGGGGCCCCGGGGGCUGCCCGUGCUCGGCAGCAUGGCGCUCAUGACCGGCCUGGCGCACCGCAAGCUCGCGGCGGCGGCCGAGACGCAGGCCAGCAGGCGCCGGCUCAUGGCGUUCUCGCUGGGCGAGACCCGGGUGGUGGUCACCGCCGACCCCGACGUCGCGAGGGAGCUGCUCGCCAGCGCCUCCUUCGCCGACCGCCCCAUCAAGGAGUCCGCGUACGGGCUCCUCUUCCACCGCGCCAUCGGCUUCGCCCCGCACGGCGCCUACUGGCGCGCGCUCCGCCGCGUCGCGUCCGCGCACCUCUUCUCGCCGCGCCAGAUCGCGGCCUCCGCCGCGCAGCGCGCCGUCAUCGCGCGCCAGAUGGUGGACGCCAUGACCGUGACCGUGACCACGACCGCCGCCCCCGUCGUCGUGGCGCGCCGGUUCCUGAAGCGCGCGUCGCUGCACAACGUCAUGUGGUCGGUGUUCGGCCGCGGGUACGACCUGCUGGCGGCGGACAGCGAGGAGGCCGCGGAGCUCAAGGCCCUGGUGGACGAAGGCUACGACCUCCUCGGCCAGCUCAACUGGUCCGACCACCUCCCGUGGCUCGCCCGCUUCGACCUGCAGAGGACCCGGGCCAGAUGCUCCGCGCUCGUCCCGCGGGUGAACCGCUUCGUUGGCAACAUCAUCGUCGAGCACCGUGCGCGCCUCGGCCACGGCCUCGGCGGCGAUGACACCACGGCCGUCAUGGACUUCACCGACGUCCUGCUCUCCCUCCAGGGCGACGACAAGCUCUCCGACGCCGACAUGAUCGCCGUCCUCUGGGAGAUGAUCUUCCGAGGCACGGACACGGUGGCGGUCCUGAUCGAGUGGGUGCUGGCCCGCCUCGUCCUGCACCAGGACGUGCAGCGCAAGGUCCACGACGAGCUGGACCGGGUGGUCGGGCCGGGCCAGGCCGUGACGGAGUCGGACACCGCCUCGCUCGUGUACCUCCAGGCGGUCAUCAAGGAAGUGCUGCGCCUGCACCCGCCAGGCCCACUGCUCUCCUGGGCGCGCCUCGCCACGUCGGACGUGCACGUCGGCGGGCACCUCGUGCCCGCGGGCACCACCGCCAUGGUGAACAUGUGGGCCAUAACCCACGACCCCAGCGUGUGGCCUGAGCCGACGGAGUUCAGGCCCGAGAGGUUCGUCGUCAUGGGCCCUUCCGCUGCCGCUGAGGUGGACGUCGUCCCGAUAAUGGGUUCGGACCUCCGGCUCGCGCCGUUCGGGUCCGGCCGGCGGAGCUGCCCCGGGAAGUCGCUCGCGGUGGCGACCGUCGGGUUCUGGGUCGCCACCCUGCUGCACGAGUUCAAAUGGUUGCCGCCGCCGUCAGACGGCGUCGACCUGUCCGAAGUGCUGAGGCUGUCGUGUGAGAUGGCUGCACCGCUGGAGGCGAGGGUGGUGCCACGUCGUCACGCGGUGUGA